AUGACAAAAUUUCACUUUCUCAUAGCCUCAGAAAUCUCCCCCGGCCACCACACCGGCUACAGGAUCACUUCCGCCUCAGCCUCCGACUCUACAACACCCCCCGUACCCAACCCAGACACUCCACUCUACACCACACACAGAGUGCACAGCAAAAGCCCUUGUACCAAAAAGCCCUUCACCUUCACAUUCCGCACCGAGAGCGGCUCCAACGUCAUCCGCAGAAGUGUGGAGAGUUGCAGCGGUCAUCGUCGUAUCGUCGUAGAGAGCGCUAUGAACAAAGCAGUAGAAGAUCUUCUUUCAAAGUCAAGAGAUGCUAGGAAGUCUUUCCAGUUAAGCUGGCAUUACAAGGCUUAUCUUACUGGGAGUAAUAAGUUGAAUGAGCAGAAGAAGAGGGUGGGGGUGACGUUUGAGAUCAAGGAUGGGAUGAGGUAUUGUUGGGAUGUUUAUGAGUAUGUUGUUGAUGAGUGUGAUGAAAAUGAGGCGGAGGAUCCGUGGUGGCGAGAUAAAGAGGUGGGGAAGGGGAAGGGGGUGGAGGUAGACGAGGAGGAAACAGAAGACGAAAUGAUGGACGAGGAGGAAACAGAAGAUGAAAUGGUGGACAAAGAGAAGUCGAGGGAGAAGAAAGACGAGGCGGGGCCGAAGAUAAAGAAGGAAGACGAGACGGAUGAGGAGACAGAGAACGAGAAGAUUGAUAACAGAUUCCAAGAUUUGGAUUUAGCAGAAAGCACCGUAGAUGUCAGCGACGAAGAGCUCUAG